AUGAUAGCAAUUUACUAUUUACAUUAAUAGUCCCAUAUAAUCAAUCAGCCUUUGUUUUCAAAUUUAUUUUCCUAUUCUUUUAGUGAUUAAAAAAAGCUAUAAAUUUUUGAUUUUUAAAAAUACAAAAUCUAAUUAAAAAAUUAGCAAGGAAGUUUAUUGUCGGUCGAUCUAUCUUUCUUUUCUACUUUUUAAAUUAUUUAUAAUACAUUCAUUAGAUUAGAACUAAAUAUUUUUGAUUUUUUGAAAGAAUUGAAAUAGAUUUUAUUUAACCUUUUUCAGUUUUUAUUAUUAUAAAAUUAAAUAUGUUUCUUAAUUUGCCAACCUAAAAUAUUUGAUUGGCAAUAAAAAAAAAAGCAAAAAAUCGCAAUAGCAAGCGAAGUAGAGUAACAUAAAAAUUCAAGUUACAGUAGAUAGAUGCUAAUAUUUGAAAGAAUAGAGGUUCUAAACACUAGAUAUUUGGUAAAUGCACUCUAUACAUGUAGAAGCGCAUAAAUAGUACUAUUAAUUGCCUUAAAACUUAAAAUUAAUAUUAGGACUUCAAGUUCGUGUGGAUAUUAUCCACUUAAAGUAAUAAAAGAUUAUAUUAGGAUUUACUUAACUCAAAGUCAAGUCUUUAUUUUAGAUCUUAAAGUUAGCAUUUCGUAAAGUGUAACAAGAGUCAAGUAAAAUAUGAUAUACUGCUUUUAAAUUUACUAUUAAUUUCAGUUGAUAAUAUUAAUCUAUAUAUUAUCUUUGUAUAUUUUAUAGAUUUCUUUAAUUUGUAAGGUAAAUUACACAUGUCCACUAUUUCUUGUUAAUUUUAUCUAUUUAUUUGUUGGCUUAUCUAUUUGA